AUGUCGACUGUCUUACUAGAUCUUUUCCUGGAUAAUAAUUCAAUCGAUCUGUGGGGCCAAUAUUCAGCUUUUCAUUUUAAAGGAACGGUUGAACUCACGCUCGAUCGACCAGUGAACAUUCGGGAAAUAACUGUUGGUAUCAAAGGAGUUCUACAGACCAUUGUUUCGACAGACUUCCCCGACACGAUGUUCAAGGAAGAUGUUGGAGCGCUAGAGUCUUCCCACUUUAAGAAACACCCUUUCCAGAAAUCCAGCCUAGUGGCGAUAGGCUAUGCAGAAUCCCGGCAAAUUGUCUUGAAAACCAAGCAAGUCGUUCUCCGCCAUGAAAUCCCGGUCUUGUAUACUCCAAACAUCUAUCGUUGGCCGUUUAUUUUAACCCUCGAAGACCCACAUAUACUACCCCCAAGUAUCCUCUUGCCUCGCCACAAUAUUCACUAUCAGAUAACGGCUCAUGUAACUCUCGGAUCACUUGGAGAUCAUUUGAAGGUGGGAUAUUGGUCUAUCUACCAAAACGCCCGUAAACAUGCUUUGAUCGCCUAUCGGCGGUUGUCUAACCCACCGCCUUUGCCCGACCAAGAUGACAGCCUGCCUGAUUAUCCUUCCCCAACUUAUACUCUCACACCACAUCAAGCCAGACAUUCAUUAUUAAGCACUCGCAUCCCUCUCCAGGUCAAUCAAUACAGCACUAGUAUUAAUGGGGUUUCACCAGAAGCACGGCGGUACCGUGGAGUCAGACAGGGGACCAUUCGUUAUGAGACAUGUCUUCCAAACAAUACAUGGAUCGGGAGGACAAGAUAUGAAUUUUUGUGUGAAUUUUACCCCCUCCGUCAAGAUGUAACAAUUGAUGAGAUUGUUUGUUGCAUGGAACAGUCAGAAACCUACCCGGUUCGUGGAGGCAAGGUUCAGAGUGGGCAACAAUUGAGUGCCAAGGAUAUGACAACCCAUUUACACAGAUACUGUGAGACACAUUAUCAGGUCAAUGUAUCUGAUGAUUUGAGUAGUAUAUCUCUCUUUGUCCCACUAGAUAGUCCACUUCUUUCACAGGAUGUUUCUACCACUGCUCUUCAAAUAGAACACCGAUUGCGCCUUGUUGUCCAUUUUGGUGAAAGAGCGCAUGAAAGAAAGAUGACACUAAGCUUUCCUCUUUUGAUCGGAGCAAUGGAUCAGGCAGGGUAUAGCCAAUGGACAAGUAAUAAUGACAUCCACAUCACCCAAGACUUGUUCUUUUUACCAAGUUAUAGCAGUGUUUUGUGUGAGGAAUCACCACCAGCUUGUAACUUUUUGUCUUAA